AUGGCAACGGUUACCGAUGAAGAACAAGACGGGACCGGCAUUCAAACACCGUUACGAAUCCCUGAAUUGCUCUACGUUUCCGUCAAGAUGGAGAAUCCAAUUGGUGCUGUUGCGGGAAACCUUUUCCCUCACGUUUUGUGUUCUUCCGCAUUGGUUGGGGAUUGUGAUUCUUCUAGAGCUCUUUCGAUGGAAAGGGAAUCAGCGUCAAUGUGGGAGUUUAGCUUUGUUGUUCCUCAAAAUCACGAAGCUUUGGAUUUCAAGUUCCUCUUAAAGCCAAAGGAUGCCAAUUCACCUUGUUUUGUUGAGGAAGAUCCGAGCCGUGUGCUCAUCGGGGGAGCAUUGCAAGAUGGUGCUAGGCUUGCUUCGUUUAAGCUUGAUAACGAUCAAGCUGUUGAGUAUAAAGUAUUUGUUCAAGCAAGCAGAGUUUCUUCCUUUGACCUUGCAGCCAGUUGGAGAGCUUAUAGGGAGAAUUUCCAUCCAUCGGCUGCACGCGGGAUACCUGAUGUCAGCAUAGAUUCAGAACCUCGGACAGAAAUUGAUACUGUCUCUUCUGUGGGUUUGGAACUUGAUCUCGAGCAUUAUGUUGUCCCAGCUCCCUCAAAUUCAGCUUUUGAAUAUGCAGCUAACUUGACAGAGAAUCCUAGAUCAAUGAAUAAUAGUGGGUCUGGCAGCGAUUACUUUUCCAUUGGAGAUGACAUUGUUUUUAUUGAUCAACCUGAAACAGAGACGGAGUUCAAUACCCUAGAUCCAUCUAGAGUGUAUAAAAGUUCUAAAUUGGUUAAAUCUCAGUCGGUGGGAACAAUGUCAGCCCUGCGAAUGGAACAUGGUCAGAAGGGACCUUUUGUUGAUAGGGGUGUUGGAGUUCCAAGAAUUGUAAAAUGUUCUAGUUUAAUUACUUUUACUGCCAAUCCUAGUUUGGAGCCUGAUACCAAGAAUUCAUUUCCAGCAGCGGCUGGAGCUGUUGCAGCUGGUGCCAUUGCUGAUCAGAUGCUGGGUCCCAAGGAGGAUAAACAUUUGGCGAUUGUCAUGGUGAGCCUGCCAGCUCGAGGUAAAACUUUCACUGCGGCUAAACUUACAAGAUAUCUUCGCUGGUUAGGUCAUAAUACCAAGCACUUCAACGUUGGUAAGUAUCGUCGCCUUAAGCACGGAGCUAGUCAGUCUGCUGAUUUCUUUCGAGCUGACAAUCCUGAAGGCAUAGAGGCCCGUAAUGAGGUAGCAAAGCUCGCAUUCGAGGAUAUGAUAACUUGGAUGAAAGAAGGUGGUCAGGUUGGGAUAUUUGAUGCCACAAACAGUAGCAAGCAGCGAAGAAAUAUGCUAAUGAAAUUGGCUGAAGGAAGAUGCAAGAUUAUCUUUCUGGAGACAAUAUGCAAUGAUGUAGAUAUGAUCGAAAGAAAUAUUCGUUAUAAAAUUCAGCAAAGUCCUGACUAUGCAGAAGUGCCAGAUUUUGAGGCUGGGCUAAGAGAUUUUAAAACUCGUGUAACCAAUUAUGAGAAGGUUUAUGAGACUGUAGAAGAAGGAUCAUACAUCAAAAUGAUUGAUAUGGCCAGUGGACGUGGUGGGCAAAUACAAGUGAACAACAUCAGUGGCUACCUACCUGGACGAAUUGUCUUUUUCUUGAUGAAUACUCAUCUUACACCACGCCCAAUAUUACUCACCCGGCAUGGAGAAAGUCAGGAUAAUGUGAGAGGCAGAAUUGGAGGAGAUCCUGCAUUAAGUGAGGCUGGAGAACUUUAUAGACAGAAGCUUGCCAAGUUUGUUGGAAAACGUCUCAAAUCAGAACGAGCUGCUUCUAUAUGGACCAGUACACUGCAGCGAACAAUUCUAACAGCAGGCCCCAUUGGUGGAUUUCCUAAGAUACAAUGGCGUGCACUUGAUGAGAUAGAUGCUGGGGUGUGUGAUGGAAUGACAUACGAAGAAAUCAAGAAGAACAUGCCAGAGGAAUACGAAUCUCGCAAAAAGGACAAACUUAGAUAUCGUUAUCCUCGUGGGGAGUCUUACCUGGAUGUUAUUCAAAGGUUAGAGCCUGUAAUUAUUGAGCUUGAGCGGCAACGGGCACCUGUUGUUGUGGUAUCUCACCAGGCAGUUUUGAGGGCAUUAUAUGCUUAUUUUACCGACAGGCCUUUGAAAGAAAUUCCACAUAUGGAGGUGCCACUUCAUACUAUAAUAGAGAUAGAAUUGGGAGUUACAGGUGUCCAAGAGAAAAGAUACAAACUAAUGGACUGA